ACUCAACAUCACUUCCGGUUCGCGAUUACAGGAAGUCAUGCUUCAGUUUUUCUCCACGAAAACAUUUUCUGUUAAAUAAUAAGUGGUUGUAGCAUUACAGUAUGGUUGUUUUUGUAUUACAAACUGUUGUUAUGUGCUCAGUGAGCUGGUUAUUCAUAUCGCGGGGUUCCAGGAUGUUGAUAUGGAGCGAGAGAUCUCCUGCGUUUAUCAUCUCUGUGAGAGUCUUGGGCAAACAUGGCGGCGGUGACGCCAGUGCGGUGUUCUCUGAGAAUACUGAGACGUCUGCCUCGGGUUGUAUCCCAUCGCCUCCAGCAGUGUCCCAGGCUCCAGGCUCUUGGACCGACCCCUGUAUUUCACAUCUCCACACCCCUCACUUCAGUCCACUGGAGAGGCUUCAGAUGCAGCCAUGUGGCCUCUGGACAGGUGCUGCAGUUCAAACUCUCAGACAUUGGAGAGGGCAUAAUGGAAGUGACUGUAAAAGAGUGGUAUGUCAAAGAAGGGGACAGAGUCUCCCAGUUUGACAGCAUUUGUGAAGUCCAGAGCGACAAAGCAUCUGUCACCAUCACGAGCCGUUAUGACGGCAUCAUCCGUAAACUGUAUUAUGACGUAGAUGCUAUCGCACAUGUUGGUUCACCUCUUGUGGACAUCGAAACGGACAAAGCGCUGGAGGGCGCCCCAGAGGAAGAUGUGGUAGAGACUCCAGCAAUAUCCCAUGAGCAAUCACAUCAGGAAAUCAAGGGCCAAAAAAGCCAGGCGACACCAGCGGUGCGCCGUCUGGCCAUGGAGAACAAUAUUAAACUAAGUGAGGUGGUCGGGACAGGAACAGACGGCCGUAUUUUGAAAGAAGACAUUAUCAAUUUCUUAGCCAAGCAGACAGGAGCUAUCCUCCCGUAUGAAGUCCAGAAAACCCCAUCACCCACUGCAGAUACCCCACCCAAAGAAAAGACGCCCAUCAUGGCUCCUCCGGCGAUCCCGAGACCCGUCGUCACCUGGAAAGACAGGACAGAGCCUCUGAACAGUUUCCAGAAGGCCAUGGUGAAGAGCAUGACUGCUGCUCUGAAGAUUCCUCACUUCGGUUACUGUGAGGAGGUCGACCUGACGCAGCUAGUGCGGUUACGCUCCGAGCUGAAGGACCUGGCGGAGUCUCGCGGUGUCAAACUCAGCUACAUGCCUUUCUUUAUCAAGGCCACGUCACUCGGGCUCUUGCAGUUUCCUGCUCUCAAUGCCUUUGUGGAUGAAGGCUGCCAGAACAUCACAUUCAAGGCGUCUCAUAACAUCGGCUUGGCGAUGGACACUGCUCAGGGCCUCCUGGUGCCCAAUGUGAAGAGCGUUCAGGCCCUCAGUGUUUUUGACAUUGCUGUGGAGCUAAACCGUCUGCAGGCUCUGGGUUCAGCCGGACAGCUGGGCACCGCUGACCUCACUGGAGGAACUUUCACACUCUCCAACAUCGGCUCGAUUGGAGGGACGUAUGCCAAGCCGGUGAUUCUGCCUCCGGAGGUGGCCAUCGGAGCUUUGGGAAAGAUCCAGGUGCUGCCCAGGUUUAACUCCUGUGACGAGGUAGUGAAGGCAUACAUCAUGAACGUCAGCUGGUCUGCCGAUCAUCGCGUCAUUGACGGCGCCACCAUGUCCCGCUUCUCCAACCUGUGGCGCUCUUACCUGGAGAACCCAGCUUCCAUGGUCCUGGACCUCAAAUGAACACGGCUCUGGAAAUCAGAUCUCGCUGUCUGUUACUUCCUGGAGUGUCUUUAGGUUACUCGUAACGGCAAAACAGUGUCGUGUCUAUCACGUGAACACUCACGUUUCUGCUUUCACAUUCAUCUGUGAG